AAAGCCCAGACUGGGAGGGGAAUAGGAGGAGGGACUGAGGAAUGGGGACGGCUGCACAAAGGAAUUCCUCACCCCAAGCCCCCUGACCGCCAGCGAGUAAAGAAGCAGAUCUGCUCUCCCUCCCAUUUGCUCCCUCCAGUCUUCUCACCGUGGCUGGGCUCUGGCCAUAGAGCAGCUGCAGGCCUUCGGAGAGGACCUACACAUCCUCCUGUAGGUGGCAACCGUAUCACCUGUGUGACUGGUAGGGCUGAGCCAAGGACUGGAGGAGGGAGGAGGCAGACAACUCUGGAGAGGUGGUGGAAAGCAGUGCAGAACAGAGAGCAGAGCUGCGCUGAGAAAAGGCCUUUACCAUGGCCGAGUCCCCUGGCUGCUACUCCAUCUGGGCCCGCUGCCUCCACUGCCUGUAUAGCUGCCACUGGAGGAAAUGCCCCAAAGAGAGGAUGCAAACCAGCAAGUGCGACUGUAUCUGGUUUGGCCUGCUCUUCCUCACCUUCCUUCUCUCCCUGGGCUGGCUGUACAUCGGGCUCAUCCUUCUCAAUGACCUGCACAACUUCAAUGAAUUCCUGUUCCGCCAUUGGGGACACUGGAUGGACUGGUCCCUGGCAUUCCUACUGGUCAUCUCUCUACUGGUCACAUAUGCAUCCCUGCUAUUGCUCCUGGCCCUGCUCCUGCAGCUAUGUGGACAGCCUCUGCAUCUGCAUGGUCUCCACAAGGUGCUGCUGCUUCUCAUUAUGUUUCUUGUGGCCACUGGCCUUGUGGGACUGGACAUCCAAUGGCGGCAGGAGUGGCAUAGCUUACGUCUGUCACUGCAGGCCACAGCCCCAUUCCUUCACAUUGGAGCAGUCGCUGGAAUCACCCUCCUGGCCUGGCCUGUGGCUGAUACCUUCUACCGUAUCCGCCCAAGAGGUCCCAAGAUUAUGCUUCUGCUCCUAUUUUUUGGUGUUGCCCUGGUCAUCUACCUGGCCCCCCUAUGCAUCUCCUCACCCUGCAUCAUGGAACCCAGAGACUUACCCUCCAAGCCUGGGCUGGUGGGACACCGAGGGGCCCCCAUGCUGGCCCCAGAGAACACCCUGAUGUCCCUGCGGAAGACAGCUGAAUGUGGAGCUGCUGUGUUUGAGACCGAUGUGAUGGUCAGCUCUGACGGGGUCCCCUUCCUCAUGCAUGAUGAGCAGCUGAGCAGGACCACGGAUGUCGCCUCUGUGUUUCCAGCCCGAAUCACAGCUCACAGCAGUGACUUCUCCUGGGCUGAACUGCAGAGACUCAAUGCUGGGGCCUGGUUCCUAGAGAGGCAACCUUUCUGGGGGGCCAAACAGCUGUCAGACCCUGAUCGGAAAGAGGCCGAGAAUCAGACAGUACCAGCAUUGGAAGAGUUACUGAAGGAAGCCGCGGACCUCAAUCUUUCCAUCAUGUUUGACUUGCGCCGACCUCCAAGAAAUCACACAUACUAUGACACUUUCGUGAACCAGACUUUGGAAACUGUGCUGAAUGCAAGGGUGCCCCAAGCCAUGGUCCUUUGGCUACCAGAUGAAGAUCGGGCUAAUGUCCAGCUACGGGCACCUAGAAUGCGCCAGAUAUAUGGACAGCAGAGAAGUAACAAAACUGAGAGGCCUCAGUUUCUCAACCUGCCCUAUCAAGACCUACCACUAUUGGAUAUCAAGGCACUGCACCAGGAUAAUGUUUCAGUGAACCUAUUUGUAGUGAACAAACCCUGGCUCUUCUCCCUGCUCUGGUGUGCAGGGGUGGAUUCAGUCACCACCAACGACUGCCAGCUGCUGCAGCAGAUGAAUUACCCCAUCUGGCUUAUUCCCCCUCAAACCUACUUAAUGAUGUGGAUCAUUGCCAAUUGUGUCUCUACCCUGCUGCUUUUCUGGACCUUCCUUCUCCAGGGGAGAUGCGCUAAGGAAAGAGAGAGAACUGGCUUAGAAACAGCAGUGCUGUUGAACAGAAUCAACAAUUUCAGCUCAGAAUGA